GAUGUUACUUCACUGGCUUUAAAAUAUAGUUGCGCUGAAUAGGGUCCUGGCCAUCCGCCCUAAAGUUCUGUCCUGGCAGCACCACGGGCGCCAACCGAAACAGCCGCCCGUUUUCGUCACUCCUGGCCGGCCUGUGAGACGAAAAAGUUGAGCUUUCCGAGGGGGGCGUGCUCGGAGUUCGAGUUAUGAGGCAGGUGAAUGAAGAAAGCUCGCGCGUUGGUGGCGGGAAAGCGCGGGCCCUGAGAGACUUUUUGUCUCUGGGCGGCGACGUCGGUCCGCAGGAGGUGUUUGUUGGCGAGGGGAACGGGGAGGGGCUGCCGCCUUCUCUCCCUGGGGGCUCCUUCCACCAGCAGGAGCGUGGCGGGGGUGGCCGGCGGUGGGCGGAGCUGCCCUGCCCUCUCACGACUUCUCGUGGCUCGCGCAGCUCGUUUCACUCGCCUGCCGCGGCCGAGCUGCACCUUGCGCCCUCGCCUCGACCCUCCUCCCCUCUCUCUUUUUUCGGCUUGGUACAGUCGCCAGCGCGGACCCUUCUCCGCUGGGAACUAUGGGCGCGAGAGGACGCUGCGCGAGCUGCCUGGCUGUGAGGCGCCUGCUGCUGCUGCUGCUGCUGCUCAGCUCAGGCAUCUUUGAAAACCGCUGUGAAGCAUACAACGUUGGGCUCCAAGGAGCAAGAGUAUUUUCUGGCCCCUCGAGUGAACAAUUCGGAUAUACAGUCCAACAGCUUAUAAAUCAAGAAGGCAAAUGGUUGCUUGUUGGUUCACCCUGGAGUGGAUAUCCAGGAAACAGAAUGGGCGACGUCUAUAAGUGUGAUGUUAAUCAACCAGGAACCCAAUGUUCAAAGAUGAACUUGCAGACUUUCGCAAGUGUCCCAAAUGCCACUGAGAUAAAGAAGUAUAUGAAUCUAGGAUUAACCCUAGUAAGAAACUCAAUAACCGGAGGAUUUUUGACUUGCGGCCCUUUGUGGGCACAACAGUGUGGGAGCCAGUACUAUGCAACAGGGAUCUGCUCUGAGUUCAGCCCAAGUUUCCAGAUCAUGAGAAGUUUCUCCCCUGCUGUGCAAAAAUGUUCUUCUGCCAUAGAUGUGGUGGUGGUAUGUGAUGAGUCAAACAGCAUUCAUCCCUGGCAUGCUGUAUCGGAUUUCUUGAAAAAGUUUGUUCAAGGUUUAGAUAUAGGUCCCACAAAAACUCAGGUAGGCUUGAUUCAGUAUGGUGUUUACCCAAGAGUAGUGUUCAACCUGAGUACUUACCAAGAUAAAGGAGAUGUUGUACAAGCAAUGUCAAAAACCUUUCAGAACGGAGGGGUCCAAACUAAUACAUUCAGCGCAAUUGAAUAUGCCAGACGUAACGCUUUCUCAAAAGAAGCUGGAGGGCGGCCAACAGCCUCUAAAGUCAUGGUUGUUGUGACAGAUGGUGAAUCACAUGAUGGCUCGAACAUGCAAGAAGUGAUAACUAAAUGUAAUGAGGACAACAUCACUAGGUUUGGCAUAGCAGUAUUAGGAUACUUAAUUAGACAAGACAUGGAUACUAGAAAUUUAAUCAAAGAAAUCAAAGGAAUUGCCAGUGUUCCCACAUCAAAAUAUUUCUUUAAUGUGUCAUCUGAGGCGGCACUUUUAGAAGAAGCAGGAACGUUGGGAGAGCGAAUUUUCAGCAUAGAAGGUACUGAUCAAGGUGAUUUAUUCCAGUUGGAAAUGUCACAAGUGGGAUUCAGUGCUUCAUACUUGCAGCAAAAGGAAGUUCUGGUGCUGGGUGCUGUGGGGGCCUAUGAGUGGACUGGAACAGUGGUGCAGGAGACAGCAAAACAAGCUGCUAUAUUCCCCAAGGAAGCAUUUGAAAAAGUUUUGCAAGACAGAAAUCAUACCUCCUAUUUAGGUUAUUCUGUUGCUGUUCUUUCAGCGGAAGAUGCUGUCUAUUUUGUUGCUGGUGCUCCACGGUCCAACUACACAGGCAGAGUGGUGGUUUAUGAGAUCGAUGUCCACGGCAAUGUAACUAUUGUUCAUUCUCAAAGAGGAGAGCAGAUUGGUUCCUACUUUGGUAGUGUGCUAUGUUCCGUGGACGUUAAUGGCGAUUCAGUAACAGAUGUGCUCUUGGUUGGCGCACCGAUGUUCAUGAAUGAGUUAAAAAAAGAAGAAGGGAGAGUCUAUAUGUUUUCCGUCAGAAAGGGCAUUUUGGGCAAACAAGAACUUCUAGAAGGGCCUCAAGGGACUGAAAACACUCGGUAUGGAUCUGCUAUCGCUGUUGCUUCAGAUAUCGAUUUGGAUGGUUUCAAUGAUGUGAUAGUUGGAGCGCUACUAGAAAACCAGAAUGCUGGUGCUAUCUACAUUUACAAUGGUAAACAGAGGACAAUACACACUAAAUAUUCCCAGAAAAUUUUGGGAUCAGACCCUGCGUUUGGACAGCAGCUCCAGUAUUUUGGAAGAUCAGUAGAUGGCCAUAGUGAUUUAAAUGGUGAUGGGAUCACUGAUGUAUCUGUGGGCUCUGAUGGAAACGUGAUUCAACUCUGGUCUCAGAGUAUUGCUGCUGUGUCCAUACAUGUAUCAGCUACACCGAAGAAGAUAAGCUUGCUAAACAGGAAUACUGAGGUAGUUCUCCACAUAUGUUUCAGUGCAACCUUUAGACCUGCUCACAGAACAAAUCAAGUGGAUAUCAGAUACAACCUGACAUUGGAUGCUGAUCUCUUGUCCUCUCGAGUGACUUCCCGAGGAUUGUUUAAAGAAAAUAAGGAGAGGUAUCUACAGAAUAAUAUCCUAGUCCGCUCCACGGAGAACUGCAAGGAGCAUGUUUUUAAUGUUCAGGAGCCCUCUGAUGCUGUCAACUCUCUUAGUGUGCGUGUUGAUAUUGGCCUCAGUAAUCCUGGUUCAAGUCCUGCUCUUGAUAAAACUUCCCCUGCAUCUGUUACUUACAGUAUACCAUUUGUUAAAGAUUGCGGUGAGGAUGAAGUCUGCAAUAUGGACCUUGUGCUUGAUGUUCAACAGAAAGGAAAUAAUGGCAAACAACACUUUGUUAUCAGCAGUAAGAACAAAAGAUUGAUAUUCAGUGUGAAACUGAGAAACCAGAAGGAAAAUGCAUACAACACCAGAAUUCAAAUUGCUUUUUCCGAAAACUUGUUUUUUGCUUCAUCUUCUUCACCUGUAGACGGAACUGAAGUUUCAUGUCAGAUGACCACUAUCCAACAGCUUGUUGUCUGCCAAAUCAGCUACCCUGUGUUUAAAACAGGACAACAGGUAUCAUUUGAUGUUCAUUUUGACUUUAAUUUGAAAAAUCUUCAGAAUCUGGCAGUUCUGCGUUUUCAAGCUCUGAGCACAAGCAAUGAAGAGGAUGAUACCAACAAUCAGGUCAAUCUAACUGUUCCACUUCGCUAUGAUGCAGAAGUUCACUUAACAAGGUUUACCCAAAUGAACUUUUAUGAGGUUUAUUCGGAUAACCACAUCCCUUCAACGGUGAACACUUUCAAUGAAAUUGGACCCGCGUUCAAUUUUUCUGUUAAGGUCACCACAGGAAGUAUUCCAGUAAGCAUGGCAUAUUUAAAGAUCCGUAUUCCAGAGCACACCGAAGGAAACAGUCCAUUGAUGUAUGUGACAGCUCUGCACACCAGUCAGGGUACGGAUAUCAGCUGUGAUGCACGGAUCAAUCCAUAUAAAAUAGGACAACAAAGCUAUACUGUGUCAUUUAGGAAGGAGAACUUCAAAGCUAUGAAAGAAUUGAACUGCAAGAAUGUCCGAUGUGACACAAUUACUUGCACACUAAAAGACAUCGCACUGAAAGCAGAGUAUUAUGUUAAUGUUUCUACCAGAAUCUGGAAUGGGACGUUUGCAGCCUCAGCGUUCCAGACGGUAGAGUUAUCGGCAAGUGCAGAAGUGGAUACAAACGAUCCAGAUCUAUUUGUGAUUGGAGAAAAUGCUUUAUCAAUUCCACUCACAAUAACAAAGCCCGAUGAGAAAGCAGACGUGCCGAUUGGAGUUGUGAUAGCAAGUGUCCUGGUCGGUCUCCUCUUGCUGCUAGCUCUAGUUGGUGCCUUAUGGAAACUCGGUUUCUUCAAACGAAAAUAUGAGAAGAUGGCAAAGGAUGUGGAAGAUGCGGAUGAAAUUGCAGAACUCACUAAGGACAGAGAAUGAAUAUAGCAGGAAUAGCACUGUGUACACCAACCUUCUGAUCCACAAACAUUGCUUGCAAUCACACUGGUUCAACAACUUGGGAGUGCCUUACGGAUUAUUUUAAUUUCUUAUUUUUUUUCAAUGAAAAUGUCAUUUUUUUAUAGUUGGGGGGGAAAUUACAGGUACUAUUUUAUUUUAGCAAUAACUGCUGGUCAGUUUGGGGUUUUGUUUACAAGGGUUUAAAAUAUUUUUAUUUUUCUUGUUUGUAUUUUUUGUAUUUUAUUAAUAGCUUGUUCUGAAUCAGCAGGACCAGAAGCAGUAAACACUGAAUUGUGCCAGAAAUAAUAUGGUUUAUAUAUUUAUUUAUAUAUACAUAUAUAUACCAUCGAUUGACUGUCAGGAUAGUCUUUGUUACAACAUUAACCAUAGCUGUCAACAUUCCCAUUUUUUUUUUAAGGGAAAUUCCCUUAUUCCGAAUAGGAUUCCUCGCAAGAAAAGUUGACAGCUAUGCAUUAACACAGCUGCUUGAUGUGUACAAAAGGCCUACAGCAGCGGACUCUCCGACCUAUUCACACCUAACACUAAGCCAAACUUAAUAUGAAUAAGCAAGAAUAGUGUCACACUCAGGUCCUGCUGAUGGACUUCUUGUAAGCCUCUGAUUGGCCACUAUGAGAACAAGAUGCUGGAUGAGAUGGGCCACUGGAGUGAUCAUGCAGGGCUCUCUUUAUGAAGGCUGUGGCUGGAAGCUCUAAGGCAGCAGGAAGUAUCCACUCCUUCUGCUGCGGCUAUUCUCUCUUGCAUUUGUGGGUGACCAUUUUUAUUAUGUAUUUAUUAAAUGCUUCCUAGGGCAGAGUUCCAAAAAGGCUGUGUUUCACCAAAAGUGCAUGAAAGCCCAUGGUUAGAUCUACAUCUGGGGCCAUAUUCUAGUAGUAUUUGGGCUAUUAUUGGGCUAUUGUUAUUGCAAAAAAUAUAUCCUGAUAAACUGUUGGACCCUUCCAAAGGGAUACAGCCCCCAAAUUUGUGUCUUUAAGAUCAGGGAAAUAACUUUUGUUGAAUAUUUGAACUAAGUUUUCCAACCCUUGAAGCUGGAAGUUUGCAAUCCUGCAGCUUUCAUUCAUUUCCAUUAAGCCACAUGUUGCAAUUUACACACUCCAUAGUUUCUACCGCCGAUACUAAUUUUAUUGCACUUUUCAAACUGGCACGAAUCUGCAGUCCUGCUAUAAAUCUAAUGUAAAUAUAUAGGUUUAUAAACAUGCACACCUUAAAAAAAUAAUAAAGGUAUUUUAAAAUGUGUUUUUGUACUAAAGAAUUCAGUAAGGCAUUGUUUUAGUGGAAUUUGAAGCAAUGUUAAGUGUCACAACAGAAUCAGUACUGUUCUAAGAGAUGUUCCAGAGGCAAAGGUCACUCAACUGCACAAUUGACUUGUAGCUCCUCUUUUGUUUCUCAGGUGCAAAUUCUUCCACCUUCCUUUACAAUGGCUUGUUAAGGAUAAUCCUAUCUAACCACCUUUACCCACCCAGAGAAAGCAGGGCAUUUUCUGAAACCCUAUUUAAUGACAAAGCUAGGAUUUCAACUGCACCAGCACUGUUCGUUUCAAACUAGUGUACUGAAUACAGCAUUUAUUGGAAAUUGUAACUCCAAGGAGCCUGGCUCUACUAAUAUACAUUCUGCUGUGUCAACACCAAUUGAAAUUAGCAGGAAGCUGAGAGCAAUUUUCAUAAAGGCUUUAUUUGUACAGGGCAAAACUUACCUCUGUGAAACUACUCUAGGGUCUUCUGAUUUUCAGUAACCUGAAAGAUGGUGCUGGCACAAGCUGAACUCUCUGCAUUUGGGGUUUGUGCAGACGUUCAAAGUAAACCUUGUCCUCCCCACAUUGUUAUGUACAUUUGCACUACCUUUUAAAUCCAUUGUAUAUAGUGUGUUCUCAUUUUUUUUAUAUGAUGCAUCCAGGUGUAAUAGUUUGCCUUCGUGUAUGUAUAUUUUGCACUUUUAUUUCAGAAUUUCAGAACUGAAAUAAAAACAGAUCUGCCUUGAGUAAAAUUGAAACAAACCUG